AUGGAUUAUAAAUUACCAUCUUUAUAUGAACCUUUUACUUAGAUCUCAUAAAUUAUUUUGGAAUCAUUAAUAGGGUUAGCUUAAGCAGAUGAAAUAGGAGGAGUUCCAUUUGUAUCUCCUGUAAUGAUGGUUUUGCUUUGAUGUUCAAGUAAGCAGGCCAUUUGGAGAACUUAUUUUAUAUUAUUUGGAGAAAGCAUAGGUAAUUUCGCAAGGUUAGGAAGAGAAGGAAUUAAAAUUAAUAAUAAUUUAGAAAUAGAUUUAAGAUGGAAAUAGUCCAGUAUUUCUAUACAUUAAGCUGGAGCAAUUUUUAGAGUGGCAACAGGGAAGUAGUUACUAAAAUUGGUGAUUGUGAUAUUUUUAUUUGCCAUUUUAUUAAAUGUGUUUCUCAAAACUAAGAGUACAUACAAAAAAAUAAGGGAAAAAGAAAGAAGUGAACUUGUAAUUAAAGUUGAAAUGAAAAAUUUAAAUGUAUCUGAAAAUAAUAGACAGUAUCAAGAUUUGGAACAGUAAAGGAAAAUGAAUUAUAGCUCUAUCUCAUAGAAAAUCUAAAAAGAAUUACCCUUUUUGUUAUUAUUGUAGUUGCAUUAACCUUAUUAAAAAGAGCAGCAACCUACCUUCAAUUUUAGGUAUCGAUUAUUGUGGAUAUGUAUUUUAAUUUCAUCAAUUUUAUAAUUUUUGCUAUUGAAAUUUAUAAUUUUAAAAGAUACAGAAAAUAAAUUAAGAAGGAAGAUAAACUAAAGCAAGCUGUUGAAUAUGACUUUUAAGGUGAUUUUUUUGAAAUCGCUGUAAAAUUAAGUAUGAAAGCAGGCUUUUUAGGUGGAUUAGUAGUUUUAGGAAGAGUUGUGGUAUUAACACAUGUUUGGCUUGAAAUUGGGGUCAAUCCUCCAAGCUCUGAUGUUCAUUUCAUUUAUUACAGUGUUUAUUAUUGCUUCAGAGGUUAUCAUAUUUCUCAAUUUUUAAUUUUAGCAGUAAUUUAAUCAAUAAUAUUUUGA